UAGAAGUGGAUAAAGCUGCUGAGUUAGGCCAACGAUUCUGCAGAGAUGACUUAAACGACAUCCCCCAACGUCGUUUCAUGGCUUCCUUGCCUUCUUCAGUUGCUGCUACAGCAGCAGCAGCAGUCAAUGGCGGUACUCCCAAUCCCAAGCUCGAAUCCUCCGAGCUUAGAACACACUCAGUUCUUUUUCCGACCCAAAAGGAAAAGCUGACACAAAGUGUAUCUUCUCAGCAGAAAAGGGUGUCAUCGGACUCCAUCUCUACCGACUUCCGAGAAGCACUUUCUGCCAUAAGAGAAGAUGCUUCUUCUGAGUCAUCUUACUAUGUGGACCUUUUGCGAGAAUGCAUUGAGAAGAAUUCGGUUUCAGAUGCAGAAAUGGUGCAUGCCCAGAUCAUAAAAACGGGAAUUCUUGAAGAUGUGUUUGUCUCGACGUUCCUUGUUAAUGUUUAUGUUAAAUGCGGGAACAUGGGAAAUGCUCGUAAACUGUUUGAAAAUUUGCCUAGAAGAAAUGUUGUGGCAUGGACAACCCUGAUGACUGGUUAUGUUAACAAUUUCGAGCCACACCUUGCCAUCCAGGUGUUUCGAGAAAUGUUGGAAGCAGGCACUUAUCCGACGAAUUAUACUCUAGGGAUUGUUAUAAAUGCUUGUUCUUCGUUGCAGUCGAUCAAUAUGGGUGAGCAACUCCAUGGUUACAUGAUCAAGUACCAUAUUGACUUUGACACUAGUAUUGGCAACUCCCUUUGUAGUUUAUAUGCAAAAUCUGGGCACUUGAGUUCGGCUGUUAAAGUGUUUGAGAAUAUUAGAGAAAAGAAUGUCAUCUCAUGGACUGCCAUUAUAUCUGCUUUUAGUGACAAUGGUGAUGCUGCAGGGGGUUUGGAAUAUUUCAUAAAGAUGCUUUCUGAGGACAUUCAGCCUAAUGAGUUUACUCUUACUAGUGUCUUGAGCCUGUGUUGUGUUAUGCUGUCUUUUGGUAUAGGAAGCCAGGUUCACUCAUUAAGCAUCAAGCUUGGAUUUGAAUCAAAUUUGCGAGUUAAAAAUUCCAUCAUGUAUUUAUACCUAAAAACUGGUAGAAUUCAAGAGGCCAAAAGGCUGUUCGAUGGAAUGAAGGUCAACAGUUUGGUUACUUGGAACUUAAUGAUUUCUGGCCAUGCCCAAAUGAUUGAACAUGAAGGUGAUAGUCUUUCAGCAUAUCAAAGUGGAAACCAGGCCCUUUACCUUUUCUCGAAACUGAACCGCUCGGGCAUGAAACCUGAUCUGUUCACCUUCUCUAGUGUCUUAACCCUAUGCGGAAGUUUGGUGGCCUUAGAACAAGGGGAACAGGUUCAUGCUCAGACAAUUAAAUCUGGAUUUCUCUCAGAUGUAGUUGUUGGAACUGCACUCAUUAGUAUGUAUAACAAAUGUGGAAGCAUUGAGAAAGCAAGUAAAGCUUUUGUGGAGAUGUCCAUAAGAACAUUGAUAUCAUGGACUUCAAUGAUUACGAGUUUGGCACACCACGGUAGGACUCAGCAAGCAUUGCAGCUGUUCGAGGAUAUGAUACUCACAGGAGUUAGGCCGAACCAGAUCACUUUCGUCGGUGUUCUAUCAGCUUGUAGUCAUGCAGGAAUGGUUGAAGAAGCUCUCGGUUACUUUGAGAUGAUGCAAAAGCAAUACAAAAUUAAGCCAGUGAUGGACCAUUACGCCUGCCUUAUUGCCAUGUUUGUGAGGUUGGGACGAUUAGAUGAAGCUUUUAAUUUCAUCAAGAAGAUGGAUUUUGAACCCAGUGAGUUUAUAUGGUCAACCUUGGUUGCGGGGUGCAGAAGUCAUGGAAAUUCGGAACUGGGAUUUUAUGCUGCUGAACAAUUACUAAAGCUUAAACCGAAAGAUACCGAGACUUAUGGCUUGUUGUUGAACAUGUACUGCACUGAGAAAAGAUGGAAAGAUGUUUCUAAGGUGAAGAAAAUGAUGAAAGAAGAGAAAAUUGGAAAAAUAAAGGAUUGGAGUUGGAUAAGUAUUAAAGACAAAGUUUACUCAUUUAAAGCAGAUGAGUCUCAUCAUCAUAGUGAAGAUUUCCACAAUUUUUUGGUGAAUUUGAUUGACCAAGCUAAGAGUAUGGGAUAUGAAUCACUAAAAGAUUUGGAGGUAGCAGAGGAGGAAGAAGUGGAGGAAUCAUCAUCCUCUUCUACCACUUAUCAUAGUGAGAAGUUAGCCCUUGCAUUUGGGUUAUUGAACACACCAAGUUUUGCACCAAUAAGAGUGAUCAAGAACUUCAUAAUGUGCAGAGACUGUCAUAAUUUUAUUAAGACUGUUUCAGUACUUACAGGUAGGGAAAUAGCCAUUAGAGAUAGCAGGAGCCUUCACAAAAUUGUCAAUGGAAAAUGCUCAUGUGGUGAUUUUUGGUAGUCUUCUGUGGUAUCCUUUGACAAGGAGAACCAAACAUCAGGUCUGUUUACUCAUAAAAAAAAAAAUUGUAAUCUGUUGGCAUCUAUGAUUUUGUAUACUUGCUUUUUUGUUGGUAAAAAAAUGCUCUGAUUUUUAGUGUUCUUCCAUUUUACACCAUUGUGAAUGAAAACACACAUAAAGUAAACUGUGGAGAGAGGGCUUAUGAAACCAA